AGCGCCAAUAAACGACCCGACCCAACAAACCGAGACGGAACGUCCCGACAGCACAUAAAGAUACAACAACACUAAAAAAGAUUAAAGAAAAACGGCCUCCAAAGCAAAUACAGCCGAACCGAAACCGAAACCGGACCCGAACCGCCCCGCCUGCUGCCCGCCGGACCACAGCGGCGUCUGGCGGUGCUGCCAGAGCGGGAUGAGCCGGGGGACGGGGAACGGCGGGCGGCGAACGCGGGGCCGGACGGAGCCGAGCGGGGCUGGAACCGCCGCCGCCCCGCAGGGAAUGGAGCGCACCGGGCGCAUCACCGACAGCUUUCCGCGGCGGCACCGCGCGGCGACACGCGCCGACGGCAAAGAGCGGAGCGGAGCGCGGCGGGGGCGCGGCGGAAAGGGGCGGCACCGGGGGGUCCCGCCGGCAUCGCCCCCGCCGGAUUCCCCACGCCCCGCAACGGAGGACGCCCGGGACCCCCCCCCAGCGCCCGGUACCGCCUCGCGGGAGCUGCUGGAGAUGCUGCGGCAAUUCGACUUGGCCUGGGAGUACGGGCCUUGCACCGGCAUCACCCGGCUGCAGCGCUGGGAGCGGGCGCGGGCGCUGGGGCUCAGCCCGCCCGCCGCCAUCCGCGACGCCCUCCUGGAGCACCGGCACGACCCCGCCGUCACGUACAGCCUAUGGCACGAGUACGGCCUGUGAGCGGACGGCAGGACGGGCGGCUCCGGGACGGCACCGCGGUACCGGCACGCAGCGCCGCUCUGUGAAUAAAGCGGUGAGUGCGUUAACUGCG